AUAACAAAUAUUUACUAAUCUUUUACUUUAUGCAUUCGAAACAUUCAAACCAAUCGAUCUUUGAUUCGUUUUUAGAAGAUGAGCACCAACCAAGACCAAGACAAGAGUCGACCAGGAAAUUGUCAUGUAUUAAAUUUAUAUUUGGUUGCUUUUUUUAUUACUUCAAUGUGUUUAUAACCGUUGUUUGAAAUAUAUUAGUGUAACUUUUAUUUAGAAUCAUACAAACAAACAGAUGCUUCAUCAUCAGAUGAGCGCCAAUCAAGACCAAGACAAGAGUCGACCAGGAAAUUGUCAAAAUCAUACAAACAAACAGAUGCUUCGUCAUCAGGUAAACAAUAACAAAUAUUUACUAAUCUUUUACCCUAUGCAUUCGAAACAUUCAAACCAAUCGAUCUUUGAUUCGUUUUUAGAAGAUGAGUGCCAACCAAGACAAGACUCGACCAGGAAACUGUCUAAAUCAUACAAACGAACAAAUGAUUCAUCAUUAGGUGUAGAAAAUAUGUUGCAACAUUUGCGUAAGUUUAAUAUAUUGAUUUUACUUUUUUCUUUUUCUUUUUUCCCUACAAUUUUAUGUGCACAAUGGAUUCCUCAAUGA